AUUGAUGCCAACCGCCGUAAAACAAAAACAAGAAGAAGAAGAAGAAGAAGAAGAAGAAGAAGAAGAAGAAGAAGAAGAACAUACCCCUGGUCCUUAUACGUUAUUUUCAACAGGCGCUUCGAGGACACCUCACAACACCACUCAAACGACACGUGAACAGAACCUGGUGGUCAGGAUGGGUCGCUCUUCCAAAGACAAGCGGGACAUUUACUACCGUCUAGCCAAAGAGGAGGGCUGGAGAGCAAGGAGCGCUUUUAAACUCCUGCAGCUCGACCAAGAAUUUAAUCUGUUCACAGGUGUGAACAGAGCAGUAGAUCUGUGUGCAGCCCCCGGCAGCUGGAGCCAGGUCCUCAGCCGCAAACUCAGAGGUCAGGAGGAGACGACUGAACAGGUGAAGAUUGUCGCUGUGGACCUUCAGGCCAUGGCUCCUCUGCCAGGGGUCACUCAGAUCCAGGGAGACAUCACCAAGGUGUCCACAGCUCAGGAGAUAAUCCGUCAUUUCGAGGGUCAUCCAGCCGACCUUGUGGUGUGUGAUGGAGCUCCAGAUGUAACUGGCCUCCACGAUGUGGAUGAGUACAUCCAGGCUCAGCUGCUGUUAGCUGCUCUCAAUAUCACCACGCAUGUCCUGAAACCUGGAGGAACGUUUGUGGCCAAAAUCUUCCGAGGUAAAGACGUGGUCCUGCUCUACUCUCAGCUGAAGAUCUUCUUCAGUGGUGUGACGUGUGCGAAGCCUCGCAGCAGCAGGAACUCCAGCAUCGGUGAGUUGACCGGCGACAGAUUUGACCUCAUUCAUGAACCCAUGAUGUGUGAACUGCUGAAACCCACGCUCUUCCUCUGUGUGUGUGUGUGUGUGUGUGUAGAGGCGUUUGUCGUGUGUCAGAAUUACUCUCCCCCUGAAGGUUACAUCCCCAACAUGUCCAACCCUCUGCUGGAUCACGCCUAUGAUGUGGACUUUAACCAGCUGGAGGGUCCAAACCGUGUCAUUGUGCCGUUCCUGGCCUGUGGUGACCUCAGCGCCUUUGACUCAGACAGGACUUACCCUCUGCAGCUGGAUUCUGAUAAACUGUACGAGUACACGCCCCCCACACAGCCGCCCAUCCAGCCUCCGUACCAGCAGGCCUGUCACCUCCGCAGAAACAACCUGCUGUCCAGAGAGGACACUGCGUCCAGAGAGGACACUGCGUCCAUCUGUCCAGAGACAGAGCGACUGAGCACACAAACAGCAGAGCAGUCUCACACUUAAUCAACAUCUUGCUUCUGUUGUAAUUGUGUUCUGAAUCACCGGAGUUAGUUUCUACAGUUGCGUCUGUUUUUAUGAAGAACUCUGUUUAUGUAAAAUGACUCGUUUUAGAUUUUAUAAAUAAAGUCAGUUUGUUGAACAGUGGUGAUGAAGUGUGAUCUGAUCGUCGUCUAAAAUGAAAAUCAAGUGUUUUAUUAAACUUUCACAGGUGACUGAAA